AGCUGUACUCUGUCGCCGUGCUAAAGCUAUUGAGAUGUCUAGAGAUCACAAACCAGUUUGUUUGAGGGAAAAAGAACGCAUUGAAGCUUCCGGAGGAUAUGUGGAUGACGGUUACCUGAAUGGACAACUCAAUGUGGCUCGUGCUUUAGGAGAUUGGCACCUGGAAGGACUAAAAUCAAUUGAUGGUGGUCCCCUUAGUGGAGAACCCGAACUUAUGAGCACCAGACUUACAGAAGAGGACGAGUUUCUCAUAAUAGGCUGUGAUGGUAUAUGGGAUGUCUUCAUGAGCCAAAAUGCUGUGGAUUUCGCUCGUCGAAGGCUUCAAGAACACAAUGAUCCAGUGAUGUGCAGCAAAGAUAUCGUUGACGAGGCUUUGAAAAGAAAGAGCGGGGACAAUCUAUCAGUGGUUGUGGUGUGUUUUAAGAAGCAGCCACCUCCUAACUUGGUUGCACCACGCGGAAGGGUGCAUAGGAGCAUUUCUGCAGAAGGUUUGAAGGAGUUGCAGAGUUUCUUGGAUACCUUGAAAGAUUAA